GACAUCCCCGCAGUCUAAUCCACACAGCGAGGAUGCACUUCAUCGGUGAAAUGUGUCGAAUCAACAUCGGCUAACUACUUCUCUAGGCUGUGAUUGACAAAACCCCGCUAACACUUUGUUCCUCCAGCCUCUACAGACCGUGUUUAUUCCUAAAACCGUCGGGUACACAUUUAACCCACACCGGGACUUCGCAGACGUUACGUCGGGACAAUGGAAUCUCACGUCCUCCCGGACAGUAUCCGCCCUCAGCGGCUGCAGCCAGGCAUCGGAUUCGGCUCAGGACUGACCGGGACGCUCCGCUCCUCUCUCCGGCCCGGGGUGACGGUCCCCAUCGCGCCGCUGCUGCCCUCCCCGGCCUCUCUGUCCGCCUCGUCCGGGCCUCCUCCGCCGCCUCCUCCGCUGCAGCUCCACAGCCUGUACGGCGGGCUGGGAGCGGGGCCGUGGCCGGGGGCAGGGCACUGUAACCCGGGGAACCCGGCGGUGCUGAAGGAGGCGGUGGAGGCUGUGGUCCGGAGCUUCGCUAAACACACUCAGGGCUACGGCAGAGUAAACGUGGUGGAAGCUCUGCAAGAGUUCUGGCAGAUGAAGCUGACCAGAGGCGCCGACCUGAGAAACGGAGCUCUAGUUGUUUAUGAAAUGGUCCCAUCCAGCAACCCUCCUUAUGUCUGCUACGUCAGCCUUCCCGGAGGCAGCUGCUUCGGGAGUUUCCAGUUCUGUCCCACCAAAGCCGAGGCUCGACGCAGCGCUGCCAAGAUCGCCCUGAUGAACUCUGUUUUCAAUGAACAUCCCUCCCGCCGCAUCACAGACGACUUCAUAGAGAAGAGCGUCAGUGAGGCGCUGGCCUCCUUCAAUGGAAACAGAGAAGAGGCUGACAACCCUAACACAGGAAUUGGAGCAUUUCGCUUCAUGCUCGAGUCCAACAAAGGAAAAUCCAUGCUGGAGUUUCAGGAGCUGAUGACUGUGUUCCAGCUGCUGCACUGGAAUGGGAGUCUGAAAGCCAUGAGAGAACGACAGUGUUCCCGACAGGAAGUGCUGGCUCACUAACUCCAACCGGGCUCUGGAUGG